AUGGCGGUCCCGGCCCCUCCACUCCUUUUAACGGAGAGGUGCAUUAGGAACAGCGAGUUUGGAGCCUCCCGCUCCCUCCCCAGCUGCCUGCAGCGGGCGCAGACGCUCCUCCGCUUCCCCUCCGAGCACCGAGCCCGCCCCACCGGGAGGAUCGCCCCCGGCCCGGGGCCCUCGGCUCGGCUCGGCUCAGCUCGGCUCGGCCCCACCGCCCCCUGGCUGAGGGGAGCCGGGGCGAUGACGUCACCGGAUCAGGCCGACCGGCAAUGGGUGAGGCAGCGCUGGCCGCGGGCUGCCGGGGCCUCCGGCUCCGCCGUGCUGGCCGGCAGGCAGGAGGGUGUUGCGGGAGCCGGCGCGGCAAGGCCGAGCCGAGCCGAGCUGAGCUGGGGAGGCGGGAGGCAGCGCCCCGUUGGGUACCGGGGGAAGGGUCAGUGGGGAACCGGCCUGCCCCGUGGGGCGUUGGGCAAAGCCGUGGCAUGGGGCCGGGGCGGUGGGGCCUGGCCGGGGCCUGGCCCGGGCCGUGCGGCCGUGGCGGCGGAGCGGGCCCCGCUGGGGAAGGGGCUGGGCCGCGGGCAGGGGCUCUGCGAGGUGUUUCUCAGCUCACCUCCUGCCGUUCGCUCCGCAGGGGUGGCAGGAGGUGGAGGCGGCGGCGGCAGCAACGACUUCCAGUGGUGCUUCUCGCAGGUGAAGGGAGCUAUCGACGAGGACGUGGCGGAAGCUGAUAUUAUUUCAACAGUUGAAUUUAAUUACUCUGGUGAUCUUCUUGCAACGGGAGACAAAGGUGGCAGAGUGGUUAUAUUUCAAAGGGAACAAGAGAACAAAAGCCGUCCUCAUUCCCGGGGGGAAUACAAUGUUUACAGUACUUUUCAGAGUCACGAGCCUGAGUUUGACUACUUGAAAAGUCUAGAAAUUGAGGAGAAAAUCAAUAAAAUUAGGUGGUUACCACAACAGAACGCUGCUCACUUCCUGCUGUCUACAAACGAUAAAACUAUUAAAUUAUGGAAAAUAAGUGAAAGGGAUAAAAGAGCCGAAGGUUAUAAUUUAAAAGAUGAAGAUGGAAGACUUAGGGAUCCUUUCAGAAUCACUGCACUACGGGUGCCGAUAUUGAAACCCAUGGACCUUAUGGUAGAAGCAAGCCCCAGAAGGAUAUUUGCAAAUGCACACACUUACCAUAUAAACUCUAUUUCAGUAAAUAGUGAUCAUGAAACAUACCUGUCUGCAGAUGACCUACGAAUUAACCUCUGGCAUUUAGAAAUCACAGAUAGAAGUUUUAAUAUUGUAGAUAUCAAGCCUGCCAACAUGGAGGAGCUGACAGAGGUGAUCACUGCUGCAGAGUUCCACCCCCACCACUGUAACGUCUUUGUCUACAGCAGCAGCAAGGGCACCAUCCGGCUCUGCGACAUGCGCUCCUCAGCCCUCUGUGACAGGCAUUCCAAAUUCUUUGAGGAACCGGAAGAUCCUAGCAGCAGAUCAUUUUUUUCAGAAAUAAUAUCCUCCAUAUCUGAUGUAAAAUUCAGCCACAGCGGCCGCUACAUGAUGACCAGAGACUACCUUUCUGUUAAAGUCUGGGACCUCAACAUGGAGAACAGGCCUGUGGAGACAUAUCAAGUUCACGAGUAUCUCCGGAGCAAGCUGUGUUCCCUCUACGAGAACGACUGCAUCUUCGACAAGUUUGAAUGCUGCUGGAACGGUUCUGACAGUGCUAUCAUGACUGGAUCUUACAACAACUUCUUCAGGAUGUUCGAUCGCAACACGCGGCGGGACAUCACUCUAGAGGCUUCCAGGGAGAGCAGCAAACCCCGUGCCAUCCUAAAGCCGCGCAAAGUCUGUACGGGUGGGAAAAGAAAGAAGGAUGAAAUAAGCGUUGACAGUCUGGACUUCAACAAGAAGAUCCUUCAUACGGCGUGGCACCCCAUGGAGAACAUCAUUGCUGUGGCUGCCACCAAUAAUUUGUAUAUAUUCCAGGACAAAAUUAACUAGAGAUGACUUUACUCCAGGACACAGUCGUCGUCUUACAUAGUUAAGCUCAGUUGUUUAUCUGUCCAAGAGAAGGCCUUGUUGUCCUACCAGUGAAGAACAUUGAUGCACUUACUUCCCUUUAGCUAAAGGAGAGGAUCUGGCCUGGUUUUUUGAGCUCCUGGGAUGGUUCUGCCUUCACCUGGGGUAGGGAGUUGUCACUGGCAGUACUCUGGGAGGAACCCUCAGGAGGCAGAAUCGAUGGACAGUGCUCAAGAAGGCUGCCACUCAAAUGUAUUUAUUUCAAGUCUGAGCCUUCCUUUCCAGUUUAUAGACCAAAAACCAACAAAAAAAUUGAACACCCUUGAAGACAAAGUGGUGUCAUCAAAAUGUCCUCUCUCUCUCUUGCUCUUCUCUCUGCUGUAAUAUUUGGGCCUUUCAGAACAUAUAUUGUGCUUGAUGCCUGUGAACAUUCCUCCUCUGGCCUGGUGUCUAGGCUUAGGUGUUUUUACCUUGGAGCACUUAGGUAGGUCUUGAGUUGGGUUGGUAGACACGUUUUCCAUGACU